AUGGUGAAAAGAAGAAAAAGACCCGAAUAUGCAUCCGACGAAUCUUCGAGCAAUAUUAAACGCGUCAAUGGUAUUGAAUCAGAACUGCAUCGAGAUGAUCUCGAGAACUCAAUUCCUAAAAAUAAUGUUUCGGAGAUCUUAUAUGGCCGAGAAAAGGAAGUAGCUUUGUUAGAAAAGCUUCUUCGUGAAGGUAUAAUCAGUCAAUGUCCUGCAUCAAUUUUUGUAUCCGGGCCACCAGGCACUGGUAAAACUUUGGCUAUCAAAACAGUAUUGCAGAACAUGUUGUCACAAUACAGUGUUCAUUCUACAUAUAUUAACUGUGCUUCGGAAAAUACUAAACGGGAUAUAUUAACCGCAGUGUUGGACGAUUGUAAUAAAUCCAGCAAAAGGCUUUCCGCGAAGAAAUUGUUUAUGGAAUUUCACAAAGUGCUUACGAAAAUGAACAAGCAUACUAUUAUCGUACUCGAUGAAAUAGAUUACAUAAGACCGAAAGACCGUGAUUUUAUUUGUUCGAUGUUUCAUUGGCCUGUCCUUUACGAGAAUAUUUCACUUAUUGGUAUUACUAACACAUUAGAUAUGAUGGAGUUGCUGAAACAUAAAUUGAAGUCUGUACCAGAAUUGAUCGUUUUUGCUCCAUACACUGAAGCUCAAUUACGACUUGUAUUGUCAAAGAAACUGAAGACUAAUAGCGAUGAAAAUGCAAUCGAACUUUGUGCUCGAAAAGUAGCUGCGAUAACAGGAGAUGCGCGGAAAGCAUUACAAGUUGCGCGAGGUUCUCUGUCGCCAGAUUUAAAUGCAAAAACUUGUUGUCAAAAUGUCUUUGGAACGCUAAGUAGUGUUUAUGGUUCUCCGUUGCUGCAGGCAAAAAUACCGCUGCAGCAGAAGAUACUUCUGGCAACGAUGGUUCGUCUUGCUGGCGAGGAUAACUCCUCCACUAUUAUUGAGAAAGGUUGCCUGCUGUCGACUUAUGAAAAAGUCUGUGAGCGUUUAUUGCUACCAGCGCUUGAAAUCGAUGAAAUACACGAAGCGUUAUCAUUACUUGAGUCACAGUCGAUUUUGAAACUAAAAUCUUCUUCAUACCAAUUGCUUGUUGACAAAGCAGCAGCUGGGAAAAUGAUCGCUGAUUCUUCAUUGGUUUCGCAGGUUAACACAAUCUGUCUAGAUGAGAAGUGGUAG